UUUUUAUAAUAAAGUUUCCUUAAAUAGGUAGUACAUUUUCAGUUUCUCUCUUCUGCAUUUCCAAGAUUCAAAUUUUUUCAAAAAAAAAAAUAUCAAAACUUUCUUUCCCAGAAUUUGAAGAAGAAGAAAUGGGUAUAAUCAUAAUUUUAUCCAGAAAAAGAAUGUUGUUACAUUCAAUAAAAUCUAUGCUUAUGUUAAUGGGAAUUCUUUCGAUUAUUGGGUUAAUGUUGUUGAAUAUUAGGCUUGUAGAUCCUUCAACUCAAGCAGUUUUUUCUAUUUCAUCUUCCCAGAAAUAUUCAAAUUCUAGUAUAAUCUCCAUUUCUGUAAAUAACCCAGAUGUAAAGUCUUCAUCUUUUUCUUCAUCUUCUCAAAAUAACAGUCAUGGGUUUGUGAAAACGACGUCGUCGGCGUGUGUUACUGUUGAGGAGAUGGGGGAAGGUUUUGGGUCUGAUUUUGCUACUUGGAAAGAAUCUCUUCGAGUUAGAAGAUUGAUUAAUAAUCAUUUUCUAAUCAAUGGUCCUUCAAGAGUUCGGGAGCUCCCUCCAGAGGAAUUCUGUCAGCAUGGUUUUGUGAUAGCAAAAGCUGCUGAAGCUGGCUUUGGGAAUGAAAUGUACAAGAUAUUAACGUCUGCAGCGUUAAGCAUCAUGCUGAAUCGCUCCUUCAUCAUCGGGCAAACCAGGGGAAAAUAUCCUUUUGGGGACUAUAUUACGUACAGCAAUGCCUCAUUUACCCUGAAAGAAGUCAAACAUUUAUGGAAAAAGAAUGGCUGUGUGUCAAGAUUUGGUCGUCAUUUGGUUGUUCGAAUUGAUGAUUUUCAAAAGCCUUUGCGUACAAACAUCCUUUGUAGCAACUGGAGGAAGUGGGAGCAGCCUAUCAUUUGGUUGCAGAAUACAACAGAUGCUGUCGCUGCUCAGUUUUUCUUGAAGAAUGUGCAUCCUGAGAUGAGGAGUGCAGCUCUUGAGUUGUUUGGAAAGCCAGAACUUCACUCGAGACCUAAUGUUUUUGGGGAGUUAAUGCGAGUUCUCAUAUCUCCUUCUCCGGGUAUUGAGGCUGCAGUUAAGUCUGUUCUUGCCACCGGAGAAGAGCCAGAUAUCACAUUGCAUGUGCGGAUGCUGAUGAGCAGGUCAUUGUGGCCAGUGAAAGCUGCACUAAGCUGCAUCAGAAAAGCCUUGGAGAACCUGGAACAGGUGGCAAGACCCAAGGUGGUCGUGGUCUCUGAUACCCCCUCUUUUAUAAGCACAGUCAAACCGAGUUUAGAAGAACUUGCUGAGGUUCUUCACUUCGAUUACAAAUAUUUCAGAAAAAACAAUUCCCUUGAGGUUAGCAGGUCACAUGCUUUAGGAUUCAGGGUCAAAGACUGGGGACCAGCACCAAGAUGGGUUGCAUUUGUGGACUUCUUUCUUGCAUCAAGAGCAAAAUACGCCGUUAUUUCAGGGGCCAAUAGGCGAGUUGGAACAACCUAUGCCCAGCUGAUCGCAGCUUUAGCUGCAGCUCAUAAUCUUGAUGAAAAUGCGAACACAAAUCCUGGUUUUUCAUUUCUAAGCAGCUUUCAGAGCACUCUGCUGAGAAACGGAUUGAGCAAUCAGAUUGGAUGGGGACAUGCAUGGAACAGGUUUGCUGGCCCGCUAAGUUGUCACGGGCAACCCAUACAAUGUGCUUAUACGCCACUUCUUCCACCAGGUUGGUGGGACGGGAUUUGGCAAUCUCCUAUCCCUCGAGACAUUCGGAGGUUAAAGAUGUAUGGCGUCCGACUAUCUGGUUUGGGCACAAUUGAUGAGGAACAUCUCCAAUUUUACUGCAAAGUAAAGAAAAAGGUAGUUAAGGUUCCAGUCUCAUCAAUGUAACUUCUAUACAUAUAAAGGAUAUCUUAAUUUUGUAAGUGUAGGUAUUCUCAUUUCACCCUCUGUAUAUCUAAAAGCUAAUUUCUCUCGAUUGUAUUUGGUUAGAGGGGAAUAAACAGGGGCGGAUUUUGAUAUGUAUCUAAAUUCUGCCAUUGGAAGGCAUUAAAGGAAGUAGUAUUUUUUUUUGGGUUUGA